AUGCCUGCCCGCUCUUCGGAUCGUUAUGGUCUGGGAGAGCCUGCCAUGCUAGAGAAGAUUGACAAGCUUUUCGCGUGCAAUGUUGGAGAGCUCGUUAAUCUGCCGCAGAUAGUCGUCGUUGGUGACCAAUCCUCUGGAAAAAGCAGCGUUCUAGAAGGCCUCAUCAAGAAGCCUCUUCCUCGAGACAGUGGCCUCUGUACCCGCUUCGCGACUCAAUUUGUCUUCAGAAGAGAGCUGAAGGUCAGCAUCUCCGUUUCCAUCAUUCCCGAUGCGGAUGCUACCGAAGACCACAGGGCCAAAGCGAAGGCCUGGGAGAAAAUUCACCUGCAGUCUCUGGACUCCGAUGAGUUCGUCAAAAUUAUGCAAGAAGUACACGAAGUCAUGGGCUUAUCGCGAGAAGGAGACUCAGGCGCGAAAAAGCCAACAUUUUCCAAUGAUGUCCUUCGUCUCGAGAUCGCAGGUCCUGACCGGGAACAUCUCAGCGUUGUAGAUGUUCCUGGUAUCUUCAAGAGCACGACCGACGGCGUGACAACGAAGAAAGACAUUGAGCUCGUCAGACAAAUGGUCCUGGGAUACAUGAAGAACGAUCGCUCUAUCAUGCUUGCAGUUAUUCCCGCGAAUGUUGAUGUUGCUACUCAGGAGAUUCUGGAAAUGGCCAAGGAGGUAGAUCCUGAGGGUGACAGGACUCUCGGAGUACUAACCAAGCCUGAUCUUGUGGACAGAGGUGCAGAGCCACGGGUGGGGGGCCUGGUGAAUGGUAGCUCGUACAAGUUGAAGCUUGGAUGGCAUCUUGUUCGUAACCCUGGCCAGCAGGAUCUAUCCGACCCAUUGUUGGACCGUGCAAGCUUGGAGAUGGACUUCUUCCGCUCCACUUCACCAUGGAACAAGAUUUCGAAGGACAGGGUCGGCGUCGAGUCACUGCGAAGCAAGCUAAAGGAGAUUCUCGCCGGCCUGAUCAAGACGGAGUUCCCAAAAGUGCAGCAGGAGAUCCGCAAGAGGCUCGCAGCCAGUGAAAAGUUGAAGAGUGCUCUCGGUCCGGAGCGUGAGAGCUCUGCUGCGCAGAUGGCUUCCCUCACUGAGAUUGCCACAAAGUUCCAGCGCCUGGUUUCCUUGGCUCUCGCUGCGAACUAUGGCGCAGACAGUGUCUUUGAUACAAAUUCCUCGCUUCGAAUUGCUCCAUCGGCUACAGCGCRGAUGACUGCGUUUUCAGACGACAUGGCACGCUACGGUCAGGAAUAUGCAUUUCUAUCGUCAGACCAUGUUCCUGGUAGCAGUAUCGCCGAAGCUGUAGAUCUUCCUGCUCCGGAAGGCCGCAAGAUCUUCCUCACCAGAAAGCAGGAUGAUAUCGACGAGCUUGUCGAUAUUCUGCAUCCUCAGCAGGAUKUUCCUCACUCCCUCGAAGGCUCCAUCUUGCCAUGGCUCUUGAAGGUGUACAGAGGCAACCGUGGCUUUGAGCUGGGUACGUUCAACACAACAAUUUUGGCCACGGCCAUGAAGAAGCAGUCGUCGAAGUGGUCCGAUAUUAGCUUGGCCUAUGUUAGCGACAUGAUCGUCAUGGUUCAUAGGUUCAUUAAGACCGCUUUGCGGUCUGUGUGCCCAGACGUUGAUAUCCGACGCGCUCUGUCCAGCAUCAUGAGCGACACUCUCAUCGGACGCUACCAGAAAGCCAUCGUUCACGCAGAAUUCCUGCUUCAGAUUGAAGGCGGCGGAACGCCGAUGACUCUGAACCACUACUUCAAUGAGAAUCUGCAGAAAAGUCGCCAAGGAAAAGUCAAAGCUGCAAUGCAGAGCAAGGCCAUGAACCUCACCCAGCAGGGGUAUGGUGAAGUCGUUCGUCUCGACGACGCCAUGAAGGGCCAGUCCAUGAGUAACGAGCAGCACAUCAUCCACGACAUCCACGACAUCCUCCAGUCGUACUACUAG